AUGGCUGGCUCCUUCCCGUAUGACUUUGGGGGACCGCCUGGCCCAGCGCCCACCAGCUCCUUCCUGCCUGAGGGCUUCAUGGGGACCCCAGUCUUGGCCUUCGGCCCCCAGGGGGGGCUGCCUCCAGCCUGGGGCCCCUUCCCGGGGGGAGGGGGUGAGGCCUGGGUGCCCCCCGCCGGCCCCUACCCCCCCGGCCCAGCUUACGCCAGCCCCCAGCCGGAAGCUGAGGGAGGGGAGCAUGAGGCCGUGGCUUGGGGGUAUCCCAGCCCCUCACCCCCUGCCCGCCUUGCCAGCCCCAAUCCCGGUGAUGUUGGCCCUGCCAAGACCCCAGCCCCUGUGGCCCCCGAGGACCCUGCUGCCGGUGAAGCUGAUGAGGCCCAUGGGGAGAAUGAGACAAUGACGACAGAGGAGAUGGAGCAGUUCGUGCGGGAGCUGAAGCACAAGCGCAUCAUGCUGGGCUUCACCCAGGCUGACGUGGGGCUGGCGCUGGGUGUGCUCUAUGGCCGCAUGUUCAGCCAGACAACGAUCUGCCGGUUCGAGGCACAGCAGCUCAGCUUCCGCAACAUGUGCCGCCUGCGCCCGCUGCUGCACCGCUGGCUGCGCGAGGCCGAUGCACGUCCCGAGCUGCAGCAGCUGUGCGGCAUGGAGGUGACGCAGGCCCACAAGCGCAAGCGCACGCGCAUCGAGAGCGGGGCCCGCUGGCGCCUAGAGAUCUGCUUUCGCCACUGCCCCAAGCCCGGCCUGCCCCAGAUAGCCCGCAUCGCCCGCAGCCUUGGCCUCGAUAAGGAUGUCGUCCGUGUCUGGUUCUGCAACCGACGCCAGAAGGGCAAGCGCCGAGGGGCCGCGGCUGGGUCUGGCCCCCCCGCUGAGGCCUUUGAGGGCCCCACGCCACCCUUUGCUCCCCUAGGCCCUACCCCACUGGGCCUUGGUCCCGCCUCCCUGGGCCCUGGUCCUGCCUACAUACCCCCCUUCCCCCCCCAACCUGGGGAUCUCUAUGCAACCCCCACCCCCAUGCAUUCCAGCUAA